CCAAAAACCCCCAACAACACAUGGAUUCUCAGGACCACUGCAACUCUCCAGGAGGAGGUAAGAGUUGUCAUGUAUGUACUAAAUGUGGUUGGAGUUAUCCAAAUCCACAUCCUAGUGCUAAAAACCGCCGUGCACACAAGAAAAUCUGUGGAACCAUCAAAGGAUUUGAGAUCUUUGAUUCCGAUAAGGCGAAACAGAAUCUUGAUUUGCAGGAAGAACACUGCUUGGUUGAUGAGCAAAAAACCCCAAGUCCAAUAGUUGUGGAAAAAGCUGCUGAUGAGAGAAUUGGGGAUGUUUCUGAAGAGGAUGUGUUUACUGAUGCUGUUUGUGAGUUCUCGAGAUCUGAUUCUUUUAAGGAAGAGACAGCUACAAACUUCGCGGCUAAGGGUACUGAGAAUCCCGGUGAAACUCAGCAGUGCAACAACUCAUUAACGGCCUCUGUGACGAAAAGUUCUGAAGUGGUUCAAGAGAGCUGUGAAGUUCCACUUGUGGAAGUUGAAGUAGCUUCCGAUAAUCGCCAAGGUGCAGAGCAUUCUACUGAAGGACACUCUAUGGCAUCUGAAACUGUGAUUGAGUCAUCACAGGAAGCUCAGGUCAUUGACAGUGGUGAUACCGUAUCAAAUGUUGAAUUAGAGACAGAAGUCAAAGGAAAUUUACCGGAUGAAUCUGAAUCGAAGUUAGCAUCUGCAUUAGGAAAGAGAGAGGAUACUUCAGAUUCAUCGUGGAAUGAUGAAGUGAUUUACUCGGACGUGGAGGGUCCCUAUGGAUUUUCAUCAGAAGCAACGAGUAUGACUCAUCCUGAUGAAGCUAGCUUUAUAGUUAGUGAGGAUGUUCCAGUCCAUACUUCCCCGGUAAAAGCUGAUGCAACUCAGUCAAUCUGUUCCAGUCAAUCUGUUCCUGAUGAGAUGCCUUUUGUUGAGAAUGCUGAUGUCUCUUUGCAUGGAAACAAAGGCCUUGAGAAAUUUGAAGUGAGUCAUUCUGUGAAUCCUCAUCUUCCUGAGACAUCUAAGGGAGAAUGUGAAACAGAUGCUCUUACUGAGGCAGAGAAUUUAGGAAUUCAGCCUGAAGGCUUAAGUAUGGGCUCAGAGGUUCCUUCAUCAGACAAGGUUCUUGUUGGAGACAAAAAUGAACCUCAAGGCCAAACUGAUUUGGUUGCGGUCAAGGAAUUUCCCAGUGCAGAGAACAUAAUGAUAUCUAAGAUUGACUCUGAGGAUAUUGAAAUGAAAGCUGAAGAGGGUGAAUCAUCAUUAGGGAAUGCACACACUGUUGAAUCAGAAACCUUGAGAGUUUCUCUACCUACUGUAAAUUCUAUAGUUGUUGACUCGAAUGCUGAUGUGAGCAGUGCAGCUAACAAAACUGGUUUAGUUGAUCUCGCCGGACAUGAAAGUGAACUUAUUCAAGCAAAUGUUGUGGCUGAGGAGGGGAACAACCCAAAAGACACGCUGAGUUCUGAAUCCUCUUGUUAUGUUUCUCCGGUAUCUGUUGUAUUUGAGGGAGAUGAUGCAAGUGAUAAGAUAAAAAGUUCUUCAGAAACAUCUAAAGACUCUGCCCUCCAAAUCGGUGCUGAAUUCUGUGAAAGUAAAGAUGAAGUUUGCAGAGAGAUUAACAACGGGAUGCUUGUGGAGGAAAGCAGUUUCAUAAACGAAACAAAUAAAACGGAAUAUCCUAUAAGCCAUUCUGGAUCCGCAGGCACUGCACCUGAUGACUCUGUUGAAACAGCUAAUCAGAAGUCCCUGGAAAGCGGAAGGACAGAAUUCAAUAGAGUUGUUGGUGGCUUGGGGGUAAUUCAAGCAAAUGAGAUUGAUGGUAAUGACAAAGCACACAACUAUUAUGCUGAGGUCCCAGUGACAAUAGAAUCAAACGACCAUCGAGAUUUUGGGAGAUUGCAGAAUCUUUCAGAAGCUCACAUUAGAUCUCUGGUUUCAAGUCCGCUAGUCACUAGAAAUAAUACAUCUAAUGCGUUUGAAUCCAACUUGGGAUCGAUUUCAGGAGUAAGCAGUGGAGUUAACAAACUAGAAAACCCAUCUCAGAACCAAGAAAUCACCUUGGAGAAGACAACAAGCUGGAGCACAGGAAAGGAGCAACACGUCCCGCUAAAGAACCUUCUGACUGAAGCUAGAUCACCAAGGCUACAACAACAAGCAAAGGAUAGUGAGAGUAACAACAUACCGAGAGUGAGUUCGAUACUGGGACAGGAGACAUCCCCUGAAGACUGUCGCUGGCCAGAGAAAAGAGAAGUGAGUGAAGAAUGGAAUUCGCCAGCAAAAGAGCUUCGAAAGAGUGUAAUGGAGAAUCUGACGACGGCGCAAUUUCUCCACAGAGCGACUCUACAGAAGAAGCCACCUCCUCCACCAUGGAAUUUGAACUCAAGCUUUCUCAAUUCUACCUCUUAUUCAAUAUCUAAACUCUCUUCUCUCCGCCGUGCUUUGCCCUUGUCUAUCAAUGGCGACGUGUCGCAGUCCACCUCUCUUAUCCACCACCACCACCGGUUUCUCAGUUCAUUGCCACGGCGGCUCGAACUUCCCGGUUCAUGUCCUCUACGGUUGCUUCAGGAAGAUGGAGAUUGGAGCAAAGACCAUUUCUGGGCUGUUAUUCGUUUUCUCCGUCACUCCUCAAGACUCCACGAGAUUCUUACUGUUUUUGAUGCGUGGAAGAAUAUUGAGCGUUCGAGAAUAAGUGAGACCAAUUACGAGAGGGUUAUAAGGUUUUUAUGUGAGGAAAAAGCGAUGAAUGAAGCAAUUCGAGCUUUUCGCGGUAUGAUUGAUGAUCAUGAGCUAAGUCCGUCUUUAGAAAUUUAUAAUUCAAUCAUCCAUGGUUAUGCUGAUGAUGGGAAGUUUGAGGAAGCUAUGUUCUAUUUGAAUCAUAUGAAAGAGAAUGGUCUGUUACCGAUAACCGAGACAUACGAUGGCUUGAUUGAAGCAUAUGGUAAAUGGAAAAUGUAUGAUGAGAUUGUUUUGUGUCUUAAGAGAAUGGAAUCUGAUGGUUGUGUGCGUGAUCAUGUUACUUAUAAUCUACUCAUACGCGAGUUUUCCCGAGGAGGGUUGCUUAAGAGGAUGGAGCAAAUGUAUCAGAGUUUGAUGUCGAGGAAGAUGACUCUUGAGCCUUCUACAUUGUUGUCCAUGCUUGAAGCUUAUGCAGAGUUUGGGCUAAUUGAAAAGAUGGAGGAAACGUGUAACAAGAUAAUAAGGUUUGGGAUCUCUCUGGAUGAGGGUUUAGUUAGGAAAUUAGCUAAUGUUUACAUUGAUAACCUCAUGUUCUCAAGACUCGAUGAUUUGGGUCGUGGCAUUUCUUCUUCAAGAACCCGUAGGACCGAUCUGGCUUGGUGUCUCAGGCUUCUGUGUCAUGCCCGACUUGUGAGUCGGAAAGGUUUGGAUUAUGUUAUUAAAGAGAUGAAAGAAGCUCGAGUUCCUUGGAAUACAACUUUUGCCAAUAUCACACUUUUAGCUUACUCAAAGAUGGGAGAUUUUAAGAGCAUUGAGCUGUUACUCUCUGAGCUACGGACAAAACAUGUGAAGCUUGAUCUUGUAACUGUAGGGAUUAUCUUCGACUUGAGCGAAGCUGGGUUCGACGUUACUGGAGUUUUCAUGACUUGGAAAAAGAUUGGGUUUCUUGAUAAGCCUGUGGAAAUGAAGACAGACCCUUUGGUUCAUGCUGCUUUUGGGAAAGGGAAGUUUCUUAAGAGUUGUGAAGAAUUGAAGAACCAGUCUCUUGGUAUGAGAGGGGAAGAAUCGAAGUCAUGCACUUACCAGUAUCUAGUGGAAGUUGUGGUUAAGAAUCAGGAAACUGUACCUUAGUAUGUAAAUUUGAACCUAUACAAACACUAGACUGUAUGUAGACACUAACACUUGUAAGCUUCUCUCAAGUCUCCCCUUCUACACGAUUCUCUCUGUUUGCAUUUGUCUUGUUUCUUCUUGUAUAGACCUUACACGGUCUUGUAUCAGUUACAUCAUUCCCUCUUGUUGAUAAUAGCUCGAAGAAUUGUUCCAUUUCGUCGAGAAUCUGUUUCUUCUUCUGGGUGUAUGUUUGGCUUCCACUUGUGUGUCCAAACGAAUUAGAUACCAUCAAAUGAACAAGAUAGUUGCAG